CUAUCAGACAGCACGCAACAACUCGAACGGGUCUCCCUUUUUACCCCUCUUUUUCUUUCUUCUCCGAAAUCCUAUUCCUUGAGGCGCACAGUCAACUGCCUCCUUUCUCUCAUUGCUGUUCACCUCUCGCGCAGAGGCUCCAUAUCCCACCAUGCAUGAUCUACGUCGCCAAGCGCUUUCGAGCGGCAAAACAGUCUCGCGAAAGGCGAUGUCUAGAGAAGCCUCCCGUACCACUUCCCGCGCGAGCUCCGCGCAUAAUUCGCCCUCGUCAUCUCGCAACGCGAGCAGACAACCAUCAGAUGACGAUGAUAUCGGCAGCCAAAGUGAUGAUACUGCCUGGAGCACCGCCUCCCUGGAUGAUCUGGCAGAUAAUCCAGACAGUGGUAAUGAGCAGUGGGCCGAAGAGCUCGCGGAUCGCAUUCAGGAGAUCCUAGACCGCAAGCGGAGCAGUGUCCAGGGUCGGGAAGAAGCAUUGUCGGCCUACUGUCGCCUCUUAAAGUACCACUUUGCCGCGGAAGAAAUCAGAGGCAACAUUUCUGAUUUGCUGGCCGCCUUUAGUCGCAGCGUGAAAUACGAGUCCAGUGUUCGGGAGACGACUCUUGCGCUCAGAGCUAUUGAGUUGCUCACGGUCACUUCUUUGGAUGAGACCAUCUACGAGAAUGUUGAGCCAUUGCUCACGCGCACCAUUCGGGACUCAACGUCUAACUCUGUCAAGGCUGCUGCUAUACACUGUCUCGGAACAUGCACGUUCUUUGGUGGUGCUGGAGAGGACGGUCAUCUAGAACAGAUGACGUUCUUCUUGGAUAUCGUUGCGUCCGAUGGUCAGUCCAUCGGUGCCAUUGAUGAUGCAACCAGUGUCACUGCUGCACUUCAAGAGUGGGGCUUCCUUGCAACAGAGAUCGAAGACUUGGAGGAAGAAAGUGAGGAAGCUGUUAGUAUCUUCAUCGAUCAGUUGGGCAGUAGCGAACCAGGGGUUCAGAUCGCCGCCGGAGAGAACAUUGCUCUGCUUUACGAGAAGAGCUAUACACCGCAGGAGGAUGACGAUGACGAAGAGGAGGACUCGCAGAGCGACUCCGGCCUGCCUUCCAACGACAACAACGACAACGUCGACGAACCGAAACUGGUCAAGCGCUACAAUGCCUAUCACAACACCCCCGAGCUUGAACGUCAGCUCCAGUCUUUGGCCUCGGUGUCUAGCAAGCGUAUAAACAAAAAGGAUAGAAAGAGUCUGCACAAUAAUUUCACUUCUAUCCUCACCACUGUGGAGAACCCACGUCGCGGGCCGAUGUAUAGCACAGCAAUCGAUCAAGAUACGAACCGACAUUACGGUAGUAAACGCACCAUUAAAAUUGGUCGCGAGGGUAUUAUGAGCAUCGAUCGCUGGUGGAAGUGGAUUCGUCUCGCCACGCUUCGCCGUAUAUUCCAGGGCGGCUUUACUGAACAUUACUACCAGGGGAACCGUGCCGUUCUCGAUAGCUUGCCGGUCAUAAUGCGGGUCACCACGCAGCUGGAACGUCAUAGCACCAAGAGAACUAACAAGGAUAGGGGCCGUUUGCGCACGUGGGAAGCUGAGGAAGAAUAAUCAUAAAUCCAGCGGGGCAUAUGUCGCAUACAAUUUUACUAAGUGUCUCCCAAGAGGACGCCCUCAAAAGGAAAACCUGCUCAACGCAAUUUUCUUUCUUUUUCUUUCUUACAUUACUUUUCAUUUCUCUUUCUUUUUUCUCCACAAUUUCACAAUACAAUGUAUUUUU